AUGCCGACGGUGUGCGGCGUUGCGAUACCGUCUGCCAGCGACGUGUGGCGAUGGCACUCAGCCGGUGCUGAGUUGUGUGGUUUUAACGCCGUGGGUGCCGAGGAUGGGUGGCAGCAGUUGAAGGAAUCGGGGGUGUUCCUCGUCGUUGUGCACUGUUGGUGUAGUUUGCUGGUGGCGCAUAUUUUUUCCAUGUUUUGCCUCCGGUGUUUGCGCAAACGUUGUUCUCUCUCUGCGUGUGUGGCAAAUGUGGGCGAGCGGGAAAUGGCGUGGCGGCGGCACAGGGGCCGUGUGGGCGGCGGGGCGGAAGCGGGGAGGGAGCGCAGGAGGGUCUCGUUUGGGUCCCUCUCCCCGCACCGCUGCCGUCGUUGUGGCUUGGGAUUUAGUUUUGAUUUGUUGUGUUUUUUGCCUUUGCGGCGUGCGUGGAUGUGGCGGGCUUUUGUUUGUUUUGUUUUUGUUGUUCCCUGCUGCGUUCUUUUCAACGUUUUCCUGAGAGUAAUUCGGCUGCUGGGAGAAGAGGAGGGAGGUGCGAAGUACGUUGCACUGCUGCUGCGGGGAGGGAGCUGUGAUGCACGUGUGUGGGAGUCUGGUGGUUCUCUGCGUUGGGCGUCUCAGGAGCUGAAGAAGGGGCAAGAGCAGGAGGGUGCACCGGAGGUGCGAAACGACGCUGGACGCUCCGGCGGUGCUCCGCGAGACUUCCUUUGGGGCCUGCGCCCCCCACGCAGCGGUAGGUGUGCGUCAGCGCGGGGAGGGCAGCCGUGCCUGCGCUGCUCACUUUUUGGGGCGCUGGUUUGCCCAUGCAGCCGCAGCGAGCAACGCGGACCACGCAGUUUUUUUUUUUGUUUUGUUUGGUGCCUGUGUGGGGUGGGGCCGUCUAGGCGUUGCACCUGUCUUUCCCUCACUUUGUCUCCACCCCGCGAACACAGACGGUAG